UUCAGCUGUCGCCCGGUGAGAUGCCGCAAUUUGCGCCCCACAAGGCCUUGCUGAGUGGGCUAUUGGGCUCGUGUGCCUAUUCGGUUUGGGGCUUUCACCGACAGAGGCUGAAAGGCUUAGCCCUGCGCUCCGGCAGCGCAGGCUUGCUUUGUGCGGCCUUAAGCUAUGGCUCUUCCCUUUGGCAUGCCGUGCAGGCACGGCGUCACUCACACUCACUGGAACGGCUGAGAGAAAACUCGGAGGCGAUCCGCAUGGUGCCAAUCGACAACCUGGCUCCUCCAUUGCCCAUUGAGGAGUUCGAUGAGGCCACAGGGCAAGAUGCCCGAAGGGUCAACGAUGAACUCCUGCGGCAGAUUCACCGGGAGGACCGUGGGCGGCACCGAUAA